GGAACCGCCCCCUUCCUUCCGGUUCCGCCGGGGAAGGUCACAGCGGCCGGAGUCGCCUUCCCCAUGGCGGAGCUGGGCGGCCUGGACGGGGGCCGGGACCCCGCGGUCUCCGAGCUGCAGCGGCUGGUGGCCGCUGAGCAGCAGCGGGCGCAGUUCACCGCCCAGGUUCAUAAUUUCAUGGAAGUUUGCUGGGACAAAUGUGUGGACAAACCUGGCUCAAAGUUGGACUCCAGAACAGAAGGCUGUCUAGCCAGCUGUGUGGACAGAUUCAUUGAUACCACAUUAUCCAUCACUAACCGCUUUGCUCAGGUUGUACAGAAAGGGGGACACUGACUACUGCAUUUCCCAGCUCCGGACAACCCACUCUUUCCUGUUGAGCUCAACAGACUUAUCAGCUGUCGGUGGAGCAUCAUCAUGUGUUCUAAGCUACACUUUAUGUGACACUUUCACGAAAUGCAGAAGUGGUUGAACAAUCAUUUGCGGAAAGCACAAUUGUCCCUGUGAAUUCUUUAGCUGCAUUGAACGGUUCAUAAAUGUGUCAUCGUACUGCAAUUUAAUAAAGCAUCAGGAACACUUGUCCAGACAA